AUGAACAUCUAUUUUUCACCACAACAGCAUAAAACUUUGAAACAGAAAUUGAAUGAUAUUGACUCUAGUAAUGAUACCCUGGAUCAAGAGGAAAUAAAAGUCUCUGAUAAGGAUCAAGUAACUUCUUCAAUAUUGCAUAAUAGCCUAAGAGCAAACCUGGACGCAAUAAAACUGGAAUUGGCUUCAAUGGCAGCAGAAAUUAAAACAGAAAUUAAACAGGAGAUCAAUAUUCUUGCUGUGAAUAUGCAGAGAUUUGAGGACCAACUCCAAGAAAUGGAUUACCAAGUAAAAUCUCUUACAGAUGAAACCCAAAAGGCUCACAGUAAGAUUUUGGUCCUUGAACUUAAAUUGAUGGAAAUGGAAGAUCACAGUCAUUGGAAAAAUUUACGAUUUAGGAAUAUCCCAGAGAAACCUACACAAGAAGAUAUAAGACAAACUCUGUUAGACUUCUUUGUAGCGUUGGGAAUCACGUUUGACCCACACGAUCAGAUAAUAGAAAGCUGUCAUAGGUUGUUAAAACCCCAAGCUAUUAAGAAGGACGUCCCCAGAGACAUUAUUGUCUGCUUUUUUUCGUACCAGUUUAAAGAAUUAAUUUUGAAGUUUGUAAGAGAAAAUCAGAUCAAAGCGGGGAAGUUUCAAAAUGUAAAAGUUUUUCGUGAUAUCUCUUUUGAAACUAGAUAA